CACGCUAAUUCAUUAAUGGCGCUGCUUUCUCGGUAAACAAUCGCGGUCUCAAGAUUUUAUUGUCCUGUUUCAUGCCUUAAUGCUUGUAAACUCGCGUAACUGCGCGCAUUGUUUUUGAGUGCAUAGCCAUGGCUCACAUCACAAUGAAUCAGUAUCUUCAGCAGGUCGACGAAGCUUUGCAGCAAGGAAGGGGGAAGAAGGCCGCGGAGUUGCUGUCCUGCAAGCAUGCGCACAGCGCAAGCUCUCGACUUCAGGUGGAAGACCCUGAUGCUGCAGUGCAACGCGUGAUGGACGCACCGUGGGAUGAAGUGGUCUCUCAGCACCUGAGGUGCCUGUACCACAUGAACAACUACAACUUUGUGGAGGCCUACAAGGAGCAAGCUCUCCUUGUUCAGCUUUUCACCAAGAUCUUCCAGUCACUGAAGGAAGAAAACUGGGCCCUGCCCAUCAUGUACACAGUCUGCCUGGAUCUCCGAGUAUUCGCCUCACAGGCUGACACGCAGCUGUCAAAGAAGAGCAAAGGCAAACCAGGAGAGACGUUGGAGAAGGCAGCGGAAUAUCUCAUGGGCUGCUUCAGAGUCUGCGCCAGUGACAACCGGUCAUCCUUGGAGAACUCGAAACGGCAAGGCAUGCUCAACUUAGUCAACCAGCUGUUCAAGAUCUACUUUAAGAUCAACAAGCUCCACCUGUGCAAGCCCCUGAUCCGGGCCAUUGAAAGUUCAGCACUCAAGGACCACUUCACCAUUUCCCAACUGGUCACUUACAGGUACUACGUUGGGCAGAAAGCUAUGUUUGACAGUGACUUCAAGAAUGCUGAGGAGUACCUGACAUACGCCUUUCUACGAUGUGACAAGGACUCUGUGCACAACAAGCGACUCAUCCUAUACCUCAUUCCUGUCAAGAUGCUCCUGGGUCACAUGCCAAGUGAGGCCCUACUACGGAAGUAUGACCUGAUGCAAUUUGCGGAGGUGGUGUCUGCUGUCACGGAGGGCAACCUGAUGCGCUUUGACAAAGCACUGGAAGCCAAUGAGGACUUCUUCAUUAAGAACGGCAUAUACCUCAUCCUGGAGCGGCUUAAAAUCAUCACUUACCGCAACCUGUUCAAGAAAGUCUACCUCCUACUGAAGACACACCAGAUUUCCAUGGACGCAUUCCUGGUGGCCCUCAAGUUCAUGAAGGUGGACGAUGUGGACAGGGAAGAACUGCAUUGCAUCAUAGCCAAUCUCAUCUACGAGGGCAAGAUAAAGGGCUACAUCUCACUUCAGCACCAGAAACUGGUCGUCAGCAAGCAGAGCGCGUUCCCUCGUCUGUCAACCCUCAGCUAAUAGCAGAGCCACGAAAACAUUGUGUGUCUGUGUCCAGAGCGACACUUGUAAAUAAAGUGCAUUUCAAUGUCAAUAAGAUCAGUUGUGCCGGCUUGUGAA